GACUUCUCGACAGCGUUGGCGAGGAGCCGGCUGACGAGAAGGAAGCAGUGGAGGCAGACUGACGGAUGGCGAAAGGCAGAGUUGGUUUUUUUCAGGCUGUGACGUCUCGUUGAUAUGAAUGCACUCACUUCACUCCUGCUGAGAGCAGCUCGGAAAAGAACGGCCUCUUAACGCUCCCUGUCCCCAAAAACGAUGCCUCUCCUCUGGGUCGUGCUGUGGUCGGCGCUCCCUCUUCUGGUUCUCCCCUCUGGUCCAGAUCGCUGCAGCGUCCGUGAGAGCAGCAGCUCACCGAACGAGUCUCCACUGCUGGAAUCCUUAAGUUGCCAUAACGACUACGAGUCCUUCGUCCACUGCAGAUGGAGGAAACACGGAGACACGUCACCGCAGCUUUGGUUCCAAACUGAAAACAACAGGAAGUUGUGUGAGCCGUACAGUCCGCCAGGCCCAGAUGAACCCGGGACCGUCCAGUGUAGAUAUGAAACUCGUGCGUUUUCCAUCGGGGGCAAACACACCGUCUUCUUCCUCGAGAACGAGACGCAGACUGUUUGUUCAUCGGCCCCACACAAGCCUCUGGAUCUCUCUCAGCACUUGAGAGCUCGUCCACCAGCGGAUCUGUCUGCACACGAUCCAGGAGACGGAGGCCGAUGGCUCAGCUGGUCCAGUCCCUACUCCUCCUCCUCCUCCUCCUCCUCCUCCUCCUCCUGGAUCGGAAAUCUCAGCUACCAGCUCAGCUACAGACCAGAGCAACACGACCACUGGACUACCGAUGAAGUCACAAACACCAGCGUGAAACUCGAGAGGCAACUGUUGCUGCCCGGUCGCAGGUACGACGCCCGGGUGAGGGCCCGGGCCAGCGUGGGCCAGUGGAGCUCCUGGAGUCCGGUGGUGACCUGGAAGACUGAGGAAGACACUAGGCAGUUUCCCAGUUUGCAUUGUGUGCUGCAUGGAGAGAAGGAGGUGAUGUGCAGCUGGGAGGUGAGCAGAGAGCUGGCUCCCUUCAUUAGCUACCAGCUGGCCUGUCGACACCGCCACACUGCAGUGUCUGAGAGAUGCUGCAUGAACCCAACAGUCAGCUCGGAGGGCAGCAGCACGGCCCUGAGGUACAGCUGCUCACUGACCAGCACAGACCCUGCACAUCUGCUGCUGGAGCUCCUACCAACACACACAGCCAGGACGUUUGAGGCCUACCAGCACAUCCGUCCCAACCCGCCACGGCAGCUGAGAGUGAAAGAGAAAGACAACAAGUGGAUCGUGGAAUGGACUGAACCGAGCACAGCUUCCAAACUGAAACUGUCCUAUCAGGUCUGCUACCACAGAACACAGGAUCAGGAAUGUUCCACCCCGCUGAACAUUUCCGAGGGGUCCACGUCCCUCACCAUCCAGGGAGCGUCUCUGGCCCCGUCCCAGCUCCACCAGGUCAAAGUCAGGUCCCUGGUCGCCCCCGGAGACGGUUCCAGGUACGAGGGGAUCCCGUCUGAAUGGACCGAUCCCGUAGACUGGACUUCACACGCAGGAACCUGGUCCCUCACCACCUUGAUAUAUGUUCUCAUCGGUGUGUUUGCGGUCACGGUCUUCUUCACACUCUACUGCACCAUUCCAGCUUGUCAAAGGAGGGUCAUCCUGUGGGUGGAGUCCGUUCCCUCUCCACACAAAAGUAACAUCCUGUGUGAGAUCAAGUGUGCUACCAGUUGGACGCUGCAGACUGAGGACACGUCCAUCUGCAAAGUGCUACUGGACAACACAUCGGAAUGCUCCUCACUGGGUUCCCUGGUGCCGAUCACCACAGUUAACGAAAAGCUGCUGGAGCCGGACGAAGGUUUCUGGAACAGUGACGACUUGUCCAGUCCUGCUGAGAAGAUGAGUUUCAGUGGACCGUACAUCUUCUGCAAGGGAUCAGAGCCCGGCCACAAGUCGGAGGAGGUCGAGUGUCUGGAGAAAGACGACAGGACCUCAUCAGAGGACUUUCCCCCCCCUGUGAAAUUCACCCAGAACGGAGACGGCUACGUGUCUCUACCCAACCGCGGCGUCUCCAGGUCCACACAGGACCUGGUGUCUAACAGCGUUGUCAACACAAGCACACACGGGCAGGACAGCGUGGAGCAGGACCCACAGAGGGCAGACACCACGCCGGGGUCAGAUAAGCCUGACCUCAGCGAGGCCACCAGCAAGGAGCCACCUCCGGGCUACACCCGUGGACCUUUCACCCCCUGGCCUCAAGGUGGCAGUGUACAACCCUCGGGGUACUGCCACCUCCCACAGCACACAUGAGCAAAGUGACCUGCCACAUGUCAGAGGAGCACAUGAAGAAGGAGCCAUCGGGCUUUAAUCUGCAGAUAAUAACAAUUUAUCAAGCUGCGGUUUCCUCUGAUGUUAAAGGCUUUUAACUUCCCAUGCUUCCAUGUGAAACAAACAGAAUCACAUGUGUUGAUCAUUGGGCUGUUGCACAUUAGAGUGGAUUUAUUUAGAUUUGUCUUCCUCUGACCUGAGAUCAGAGUGUCCAACCAAUGGGGGGCAGUAGUGAGCUGAACCUGUAAUUAAGGGGUUUGACGUCAGUUUGAAACACAAACUAACUUCAAACAGAGGUCAGGAUAAAAUAACAGGAUCAUGUCAAAGCUCGUCAUUUUCACUGGGACAGGGUUUGAGAUUCUCAUUUCCAUUUUUGCUAUUUAUUUGGCAGAUUUUUCGCUCAUGUGAAGUUACAGUUAAGAUCUGUGUUGAAGUGUCAUAUGUUUUUAUUAGUUCCUCAAACGUCAUGUCUGUGUCACAGCUGAGAUAAGAAGCUAAGUUAUGUAAACUGAAUGUUUACUGUACAAAAUAUGCCUGUUUGCACAAAGCUGAGUUUAGCCCUUGUUUUCAAUGUGAAUGUACAUAUGUGUUAUUUCUGCUCUUAAGUUGCACCAGGAUCAUCACUGUGAGUUUUAAAACACAUGUUAAAGCCACCUUAAAGUUAGGAGACUUUCCUUUUGGACCCUUUGAGGAGACGUCUGAUGUGUUUGGAACUUUCCGUGGACCGUGUGAUUUCUUUGUGGAUCUUUUCUUGGACCUCUUGUUGCGUUCGCGGACUUCAGCCUCGUUGUCUUCGUUGCAUUUGGUGAUGUCAUGGUAUCCAUGUUCUCCAAAAGGCAAGCCAAAGCGCCUCGAACGCCCCCCUGGUGGCUGCCUGCAGCAUUGCUCAUAAACUCUGCGUUUCCCAUGCUAGUUGAUAGGACAUGGACCAAACUAAAAUGUGAAUGUAUGUAUCAAAUACAUUUAACUCAUGGAUCGUUUCUGUAAUUUGCUAAGUUUGGUUUUAAUUAGUUAUUUGAUGCUAUAAAAAUGCGGUGAAAGGUCAUGAUUGACAGCUGAGACUGACUCAGGACUGGUCACACACACACACACACAGUAUUUGUUGUGCAGGCAUGUAUGAGACUGCAAAGCAACAUUACUGUAAAACAUUUAUAUCAGGAGAGUAUUGUGGCGGGAAUGACGCAGAAGUCUUUCUUGUCUCUGCAGCGAGAACACAAUGCUGGAAUUCCAGGCAUGCUGAUAUUGACUUCCUGUGUUCUCAGCCCAUCGCUAGGUACAGCUUCCUGUCUGAUGAGGCUGAGGAGCAGUUUGACUCACACACCGACGGAGUCACGACGCCCGCGAAGGCGCACAUUUUCUGGCGUUGACUAUGGUUGUGGAACUGGAAAGUGAUUUAAUGGGUUUUCACAGGUUUGUCCAGAUGUUCAGCUCCAAAAACAGUCACAUUCCGCAGUUUCACAUCCACCGUCAGGGAGCGUUUGUUCCCUGAAGGAGGUCGGUGCUUUGGACAGAUUCACAUCGAUCCUGAUCAGUGAAAAGGAAAGGACGAGGUUGUGUGUGGACGGACGCAGCAGGGUUAGUGUGUAUGUGUCUGCUAUCCGGGUGGAUGUGUGGUCAUCUGUGUACAGCGUGUCCCUGUCCGCUCUCGUACAUAAAAACAGGAAAAUAAAAGCGCUGGAAGGUGUAGGGAGUGUGCGGAGCCACACGGAUGCUUGUGUAACCUCCUGUUCAAAGGCCUCCUGUUUCCUCAGCCCUGUCCAGCAGGGAAUCCAGGCCACACUCAAACACACGGUCACGUCAGAGACUUGUCGUCUGAGGUUGUCGGGACAAUUACGGGCUUUUUGCCAUUUCGUUUUCGUUUCUUUUAAAGUUCUGUAUUUUCUUAUGACUUGCUGGUCAAGUGGUGACAACCUCACAUGCCCACAUAUGUCUAUGCAUAUAUUUUACACUUGCUGUCUUCAUCAUGAGUUUAAAUAAAUUGUGCUUUUCUUAACUUUU